AUGGCGCUGACUUGUGAUAAGUGUGGCCUCAAGACUAAUGAAGUGAAGAGCGGAGGAGCCAUAAAAGAUCACGGAUGUCGGCUGUCCUUAACUAUUCAAGAGGAUGUCGAUUUGGCUCGAGACGUUCUGAAGUCAGAUACGUGCUCGAUGGGAAUUCCAGAGCUCGAUCUUGAGGUGGGGCCAGGUGCAUUGUGUAGUCGUUUUACUACUGUCGAAGGUCUUCUCACAGCGACGAAGGAGCAACUAUCUUCUCAGUCAUCGUUCUUUAUGGGUGACAGCGCUUCCAGUGGUGAGAGGAGCCAAAUAGAGCAAUUUCUUGAACAGUUCGAUGAGAUUCUCGGUUUGAAAAGAAGUAUAACUCUAGUACUAGAUGAUCCAGCUGGCAACAGCUAUAUACAGAGCUUGAACGCUUCAAACGAGGAUUCGCGUUUGCGCAAAGAGUUCUACGACCGGACAUUCGAGCAGAAUGACGAACUGGGCCUGAAUGAUAUGAAGGUGACUUCUUGA